GUUUUCUUGUAUCGUCGGAGCAAAACUUCUUCAGUCAUCGUUUCGAUCUGCCCAAAAAAAAUGGGGAAGAAAACGAAGAGGAAGCACAGAGACGACCCUCCGUCGUCCGCUUCGACAUCCGAGGAGGAUGACACCGACUGUUCAUCGGACACCUCGUCGGAGAAGCGACGGAACCGGCGGAGGAGCGAUAGUAGCUCGAGGCGGUCGGAGAAGGAGAAGAGGAAGAGGAGGAAGGAGCGGAAGGAAAGAGAGAGAGAUAGAAGGAGAAGGAAAUCGACGACGAAGAAGAAGAAGAGGGGUUAUGAUUAUGAUUCAGAGUCCGAUUCCGAUUCAGGUAGCGAGGAGACUGUGAGGCGACGAGUCAAGCCGGAAGCUGUAGCAAAGGAGAUGCUCAAGGAGUUCCCUGGCGUCGGAGGCGACUUGAAGCAGCUGCUACAAAUGAUUGAUGGUGGACAAGCUGUUGAUAUCAAAGGCAUAUCAGAGAAGUUGCUUGCCAAGCAUUUGAAGAAGCUUUUUAUUUCCUUGAAGCUAAAGGAGAAUGGGGAUCGGGUGUUCCUGCUCCCUUUGAAUCAUCCACCCACUUUGGAGAUACUGGGGUCUUUGAUUGAGGAUCACAUGGAACCUAAAGGGCAGCAACCUGAUGCUGCUGCUACUGAAAAUGGUGUGCAUCCGUUAGGGACGGAUGAAGAGUCCAGACGAGCAUUGGAUCACAAUGAUUCACCGAAGCCAUCGACUUCAGCAGAUAUUGCUGGUCCCAGAAGAAGGGUGAUUGGGCCUGAAAUGCCAUCAUCUGAGUUACUUGCAGCAGCUGCAAAAUUCUCUGGUGUUCUUCGUCCUCAUCGCAAGCCACUCCUCAAGAGCGAGACCUAUUUUUCACUGGUUCUAAUCUUAUCACUCUGCGAUGACCAUCCUCAUCUGUGGCAACUCGCUCCCAAGCUUCCCCCACAAGAGAAAAACCCUGAUAGCAAUAGCAGUAAAGUUGGGGGAGGAGAUAUUGUUGCGCUGGACAGUGUAGAUGAUACCCUAACAGAAAAGGGUCAGGCUCGUGAUCAGAAUUUGGCAUGUUUGGUCUCGGACAGUGGAGGGUUUGGUGAAACUAAGGCAGCGAUUGAAGGCCAAGGGUUCAGUGAGACAAAGCUAGCAGCAGUUCAUGAGAUAGAGUGUAUAAUGGGAUUGGAUGAAGAUGAAGACGAAGAUCUGCUAAUGCAGGAUGGUUCCUUUAUUGAUAAGGUUAUGGAGUUCGAUCAUGUAAUGAAAGUGGAUAAUACAUUGUCUGUUGAUGACUACCAGAGUGACAGCGUUGUUGUGCGCAAAGAAGGAUGUGUAGAUAUUCAAUCAGUUAAUGCGGAGGGAAGAGUAGUGAGUGAACAGCAAGUUCAGGAAGAAGGGCACACUCGUGAUGUAUCUGAUCCCUUGGGUUCGUUGUCAGGUGAAGGUGGGACUUUCGGAGCUUCGGCAGGAAGUUAUCAGAAUGGAGUUAAGUUGAAAGAGAUUGAUUUGGAUAAGCCGAUAUGUGAUAGUAGUACUACGGUUUCUUCCAAUUGUGUAGUUGUGAAUGGUGAGGUUGAAGAGGGAGGGAUUGAUAGGGAGUUAGUGGCGGGUGAGAGAUCAAGUAUUCUGCAUUCGAAACAUGCAGGAGUGUUACAGGGGGAAAAUGUAGAUGAAAAGCAACUCGCUAAUGAGGCUAUUCCUGGAAGGUUAAAUGAAAAGAAGGUGGACGAGAAGCAACUAGCUAGUGAUUCUAUUGCUGGAAGUAGGAGACAAACAUCCACAAAAACUACUACGAUGAGAAAUCAAUCUCCUUCUUACGAGAUAAAUGAGUCAACCAAGGAUACUUUUUGUUCCACUUCCUUGGAUAGAGUUGAAAAUUUUGAUCUCGGUAAAGGAACGGGAAACAAACACGAGGUUGGCAAGUUGAUGCUGCCUAAUCGUAAAACUGUUGUGUACGACGAUCUUUUAUUUGAUGAAGGUCCAAAGAUGUGGGAGAAUGAAGAAUUGUGUAGGGAUAAGGGAGCGAAGAACAAAUCUAAAAUUGCUGAAAGAAAGAAAAAUGGCAGAGGCAGAGAAGUAGGGGAAGUUAAAGGCAAACAACUCAAAAUGAGUGUUGCUAAGAGUGAUGUCAGACCUGCUGAGCCUUUUCCUAGUAGCCUUGCACUUCCUUCGGGAACUUCAUGUCAGGAUCCAACAGGAAGCCAAGGAGCUGCCUCUCAAGAGAAGGAUGCAAGUCCAAGCAAGAACAAAAAGAGGGGUCCUCCCAGUGACUCACAAAAGCUAAAGAGAAAGCAAAACAAAAGAAAGAAACGAGCAGAAAAAAACAAAGAACUUGGCGUCAAACGGCUCAAACUACAACCAUUUGUCAAGCAAAAGCCUGUAGAAAUUUGCCGCCACUACAUGCUGGGAAAAUGCUGGGAGAGUGAGAAAUGCAAAUUUUCACAUGAUGCAAUACCCUUGACGAAAUCCGAGCCAUGCAAGUUUUUUGUCCGUGGCGCAUGCAUGAAGGGAGAUGAUUGUCUACGUGACCAUGAACUCUCCAAAUAUCCCUGUGACAAUUUUAAGUCAAAAGGUUAUUGUAGCAGAGGCCAAAAAUGCAUGUUUUCACAUAAGUUGCUGCCAAAUGGGGAAGUGUCAACUGCUUCCAGUGUCAACCCAAACUCUUUAGUCCUUUCACGAACUCUCGAUUCCAAGAAAAAGUUGGAUGUGGUUGCCCCCUUACAUCAGAGUGGCAAAACUGCAAUUGUGCCAGCUGCCUUUUCUUCCACAGAGAUCGCACAAGCUCCGGGAAAAACUGUAUUUAAUGAACCUGUAAUAGUGCCUACUUUCAAACUAUCAUUAGGUGGUUCCAGUCAUAUAGAUCAACCUUCACCUGGUAUAAUUGGUGAUUCGAACUCUGCUUUGAAGGUAACUCCACAAGCUGUUAGACCGAAGGGAAUGAACUUCCUCUCAUUUGGUAAAUCUCCUUUGGAAUUCUCUGCUGCUAAGAAGUCGAGUGUAUCCCCAGCGACUCGAGAUGAUGCUUCCAAGGCACCUUUAUUGAACACAUCCAGUCUGCUUCAGCAAAUUCCAGGAGUGAAACCUGGGAUAAACGACAUGGCACAGAAAAGUGAUCACAUAGCAGCAUCAGGAAUACUAAACCCUUUCUCUCUUGGGGCAACUUCAGCAGUUGACGGGAAUAGACAUGUACGAUGUCAUUUACCUUCUAGUUCAGGCCAUGGUGUUGCUAGUACUGGUCAAGGAAGUAACAUUGAUUUGGAUAAAAAUCAGAGCUUGAGUGCAGUCCCACUUGGACUAGCUUCUUCUUCAUUUGGUUCAGGUCAAUCUUCAGAUCAUAUAGCACUUUUGCAGUUGAAGAAUGCACCAAAGUCUACUCAGGAAGCAUUGAUGUCAACAAUGAGCUUUGCAUCUAAGCUUGAAUCUGCAAUGAAGAAGAAGCAAAAGGAGACUGGAUUUGGUAGUAUGUCAUGAAGCUCACAGGAUCAGCCCAAAAGCAGCCAAAUUGCUGGAUCCUGUAUCUAGUCUCGGCAACAAGAGCAGCGAAUAAACAUCUGCCAUAGCCAUCCCAGGUUUGAUGAGUGGUUCUCUAUGGGCGGUUUUCGUGAAGCAAGCAUAAAGGAGAAAAAGGUGGUGACUGAUCUGCAGGUCUUAUCUAUUUUCUGCAGUUGGCGAGUUAGUUUUUGUCUUCUCGUCUUCCAUCAGGAACUCUUAAACGUUCAGUGCUCUAUGACGUUUUAGGAACAUUAUGCUUGCUAUUUAGCUUUCUUUCAGUUUUCGGCUUGUAUCAAAGGAAGGAAAGAGAGUAUUUGUUCUGUGGUGAUGGCUAAUAGAUGUCUCUUACAUUCCGCUUGGUCAUCAUUGUUUUUGCAGGGAGGAGACUGAGCUAAAUUUAUGUCUAUGUUUACCAGAAGUUGGACGCCGAAAAUCCUCGUAUGCAGAAAUCUUAGAUACGUAUGUAUAACAGAUUUUAUACAAGCAAUGAGUUGUAUUUUUCUCUUUCAGAAUGAAGUUGGUGUCUCACCCUCUCCUCGCAACAGGGAUUUUGACUUUUCAUCUGUUUAUUCCGCAGGCAACGAUAUGCAGUUUCUUGGGUAUCUAUUGAAGUAGAUGGUAUUCCUGGCCCCUCUUAUUUUUAUAUGACUUAUGAACUCUUUUUUUCGGGAGCAUAUAUUGAUUUAUAUAGUGAAAAUGCAUGUAUCUUGAAACUUAGAAGAGUGGCAAUACCUUCCUUAUUGGAUCUGCAGCUUAAUGGUCAACCUAUGUCAACUCAUUUAUGAGUUGCUCCUUUGUCAGGAAAAUGCAAUUAAUUAGUCGUAUAUAUUCACAACCUUUGCUAACACCAUUCAAAUACUCCCUUUUUUUCUAAUCAACACAUGUAACCCUAGUCUCGUGCUGUCAUGCACCAACAUAUAUCAGUAAUAUUAGGUUCCAAACCCGACCUUGUGAUAUUUUCUGCUUCCGUUUCUUUUCCUUUUCUUAAAUCUCCAAUAUUGUUAACGUUACUACGUAAGUAUGUAUAUUACUCCCUCCAGCUCUCUAUUCGUUACAACAAACAACAUUUAUCAUGUGUUCGAUAUGAUUUUCAAAAGGUUAAGGUAUAAUAUGUCAUUUAAUUAUUAUGUAGUUUUAUCAAACAUGAACCUCUAUUAUUUUUAAUUUCUUACGUCAAACAUGUUACUCUGUUUUGGUAAAAUGAUCAAACAUUCUGUCCUUUUGUUAAAAUUUCCAUUUCAAAAUCAUCAACCAUGGUUGAAUCGAGAUUUAGAUGACUCGACAUCGGCGAAUUGGAGGGAAAAUGUCAGUUUUGUCCCUUAAUUUAUUUUUCCAGGUAGUGAAAUUAUUACAGAUAUUUGAUUAUACAAAAAAAAAUAAAAAAAUUCUAAAGUGAAAUUAUUAGUACUAUUUUAGAUAUUUGUGUCUCUCAAACCAAGGUUUGACUCUAGUUGACUGCUUUUGAAUACAAAUUUUGACAAAAGAACAUAUUUGAUCAUUUUUUUCAAAAUAGAGUGACAAUGAGGCAGAUCUGGGGCGGGUAUCUCGAUACCCAUACCCGCCGUGUGGCAGGUUGGAUUCAGGUCAGUGGGUUGUGGGAAUGGAAAAAGUUUCUUGAUGAUUAACCUGUUGAUCUUCUGCUUACAUGUAACAAGAAGUUGCAACUCAAUGUGUCCAACUAUAUAUAAGGAGGGAUGACAAUUAAAUUCAUGAUUGUGGGUGGUUGAUCGUAUGCAAUCCCGUUAAUGCGGGUAAUCUAUAAUAAAAAUGAUGGGAAUUGAGGCAAAUAUAUAAGUAUGUUGGAGCGGAUUUCGAAAGAUCAAUGUAAUCUUUCUAGAAAAGAAAAUAUGCAUAACCUUUUCAAAUCAAAUUCAAAUGUGGUCAUGUUUAUUAUAGCAAAUUCUUUUAUCCAUCACUUAUCAAAUUGGAUGGAAGUUGUAAGCUUCAACAGCCAACCUGAUUUUGGUGGAGGAGGUGACUUUGAUUUUGGAUUUGUUAGAUUAACUAUUAGUGCCGGUGUGUCGCGCCAUAAAUAACAAGUUUGUUG